ACCUGCCCGGGGGCGACCUCGCCUGUGUCCGCAGCAUGGAUUUCAUCCUGAGCGGAGCGGCGGCCUGCGGCGCCUGCCUCUUCACGAACCCGCUGGAGGUGGUGAAGACUCGGAUGCAGCUGCAGGGAGAGCUCAAAUCGCCGGGCUCCUACCAGGUCUACUACCGCAACGUCUUCCACGCCUUCUACACCAUCGGCAAGGUGGACGGGCUGGCCGGGCUGCAGAAGGGCCUGGUGCCCGGGCUGUUCUACCAGUUCUUCAUGAACGGGGUGCGCCUGGGAUCCUACGCCCUGUUCGAUUCGGCCGGCUACAUCCACACGGACGGCCGGGUGAGCGCGGCCAAGAGCACGGCGGCCGGGGCCGUGGCCGGGGUGGUGGGGGCGGUGAUGGGCAGCCCCAUCUAUCUGGUGAAGACGCACCUUCAGAGCCAGUCCACCUCGUCGAUUGCCGUGGGGCACCAGUACAGGCACCAGGGGAUGCUCCACGCCCUGGCGGUCAUCCACAGGGAGCACGGCGUCACGGGGCUGUGGCGCGGCGCGGGCGCGGCGGUGCCCCGGGUCACGGUGGGGUCGGCUGCCCAGCUCUGCACGUUCUCGACGUCCAAGGAGUUCGUUGAAGACCUCCAGGUGUUCCCAGCAGGCAGCUGGCUGGUCGCCCUCUCGGCGGGCCUGAUCAGCAGCGUGGUGGUGGUCCUGGCGAUGACGCCCUUCGAUGUGGUCAGCACCCGCUUGUACAACCAACCCGUGGACGGCCAGGGCAGGGGGGUGCUGUACCGGGGCUUCAUGGACUGUUUCUCCAAAACCCUGAGGAAGGAGGGCUUGAUGGGGCUGUAUAAGGGCAUCGGGGCCUCGUACUUCCGGCUGGGCCCGCACACCAUCCUCUCCCUGCUCUUCUGGAACGAGCUGCGCAAACUGCGCAGCCUGCACAGCUAGUGCAGCCAACGGGCGGGGAGCAGGAGAGGCAGGGCCUUACGAUGCUGUGGGAAGGGGGGGUCAGUGGUAAGCUCCCCCCCCCCAAAACCCACACCCCUAGCAAGCAGGCGGCCCCCACUGAGAGAGGCUGCGAGGUUGUUGUGCUGAGGUUCCCCCUAAACGGGGGAGAUAAGCCACAGCUGCCUUUGUUUCUCCUGGACCGAGGAUCCAGCUGCGAUACGCGGGACGCUGCGCAGGGACAAAGCUGCAAGAACCCAACCGCUUCGCCUUGAGCUCUUCACAUCGGACAGCCUGAUUCUAGAAAGACAAAGAUUUCCAAACUUUUGGGAAAUAAUUAUGGCUGGUAUCACCCAUCGCCAACUGCUCCGAUAAGGACACCGGAUCAGAAUUCUUCUCCUUUUCCUUCUGAAGUGGGACAUCUAUAUAUCUCACUUAUCCAGCAUCAAAGUAUCACCACUUAAGCACAUUGUGAGAGCUGCUGAUGGGGUCUGUUAAUUUAGCCUC